AUGUUGCCGUCGCCGGAGCAACAGCUGCACGGGGAGGUGUCCGGGCUCGAGCCCACCGGCAAGGAGCUGCUGCUCGAGGAUGUCCUGCUGGCGUCCGAGCCGCUGCCAAAACCCGGCCCGGAACCGGACGACGACCCUGGGGAGGGUUGGCUCAACACGACGACGCUGCUGGAGGGUUGCUCGACGUCACCGCCCUGGUGGCAUUCCGAGAGCCCACUGCGGCCAGACGACAACGCAGCGCCCCCCAGCGCUACAACAGGUGAACGGUCACCGGGAGACGCCCGACGACCAGCAGCAAUGAACGUCUGCCGGAAUGAAUUGGAUAAAACAGAACGUUUCAGGGGAGCUGAAACGGCGAGCGUAACUGUACACGACGUAUGUAAUAAGACCAUCAGUAACGGCGGCUACGGCGGCCAGUUUUCGAGCGGAGCACGUGGCCACGUGGUGGGCACGGGUAGCUGCAGCGGCAGUGGGACCGCUGCAGCCGCUGUUCAUCCGGCCCCGGCUGUUGCCUCCCACCCAAGGCAGCAGCCGGCGAAUUUCCCCCGAAAACCGUUCGACUUCAGUAGCAUUAGUGAUAGCAGUAGCAGCUUUAGUGUAAGGGACAGGCAGCAGCAGACGAGCGGGGAGAUCCUUGCGUCCGGGGGCCGACCAUUUGCGGUCCCCGUGCCAUUAGACGCCGACGGUGGUGUAUCACCGGCCGCGCUACUGGCACCCCUGCAGCAGGACAUCGACUGGACGAAUGAGACCGACUUCACUGGCCAUCUGUGGCUUGGCUCGCCGACCAACAGCAGCAGCAGCAACAUUACGGAGCCGGAGACGACGACGGGGACACCGUUUGCCACCGUCGAUCUGCUGAGCGAGCCGCUGGCUCGGCUUGAUUCGCCCGUUUCGCUGCAGGAGGAGAUCGAACAGCUCUCGCGGGCGUUUGAUUCCGAUGCCUCCAACCAUCGGCUUGUCUCCACCGAAACCGUCGGUGGUUUAGCCGCCGACGACACCGAGCCGGUCUCGAUAAACAUCCUGAAGUGGUUGCAGGACGAUAUGUCCUCACUAGCCACCACCGAUCUGCCCGUGGGUGUAUCGCGCCACCAAAACCACCAGCCAUCGUUCGAGCAUGCGCUCGAUCGAAUUCACAACAUCGACGGUUUGGAAGCUGGAACCGAGCGUACGGCUGUACACCACCGGCACCAGCAGAACCCGCUGGUUGGCUCUGCUGCACUUGCUACUGCAUCCGCUAGUGCUACCAACAUGACCACCGUGACAGCGACGAAACCAAUCCCCAGCUUGGAGGGCCCGCUCCAGCGAGAUCACAACUAUUUUACCCUGAAGCGACGACUCCAGCAGAACCAGAAGGAGGACACCGGCAAGCAUAAGGCACCGAAGUUGCUGUUAAACGAACACCAUCAUCUGCCGCAAUCGGCGACUGACGGAGGUCGUCUUUCGCCAGCUUUGGCUGCUAAAAGUGCGAUGCAUUCGGUCGAGAAGAAGGGUAGCUCUCUUGCCAGUAGAAAGGCAUCGAAGCUGCUGAUUAACGUCGGUAGGGCGAUGACUAAACCGGCAGAUGUAGCCCCUGAAAAUGGAGCCGUUUUGGCGCCAGUACUCCUGCACACCUCUAGGACAAUGACGACGACGACGACCAUGGCGACUGCUACUAGCUCCUACGAGCCAUCGCUUCGUGUGCCACCGCAAGCGACACUCAACACACCAGAUUUAACUAACGACAUAUUGGAUUUGGAGGAUGAAAAAUUUGAUCUUCUCUCAUUCAUCGACGCCAAUGACGAUUUGUUAGAUUUUAAUGCAUACAAAGCACCCAUAGAAGAGGAAAAACCCACGUUAGACACAUUAGAGCUACCGACCGUAUCCUCCACCAGGAGCCCGGAAGUCGCCGCCUCCUCCGACACAAAUCCGCCCGACAGCAGGGACGCAACCCCAAAACCGACCUUCCAGCUAACCCUUGAAAGUCUCCGCCAACUAACCGGUUUACCCGGUGGUGCAAAGUCCGGCGGGCAGCGAUCCACCAGCCGAAUCGGUUCACUCUCGUCCGCUUCAUCCGCCUGCGGUGACUCUAGCUCGGACGUUUCGUCCGGGACGAAGGCACCCAAACGCCGCGGCCGGCCACCGAAGACGGCCGGUACCGUGCGCGAUCGCUCGCAGUAUCAACACCUAAGCGAGGCGGACUGGCGGUACCGAGAGCAACGUGACAAGAACAACGAGGCGUCGCGGAAGUCACGCAUCAACCGGAAGGAUCGCGAGCUGAAGCUUGAGCUGGAGGCGGACCGGUUGAAUGCGCAACACCAGAAGCUGUCGUAUGAGGAGCGCCGCUUGCAGGUCGACUGCCAGCGGUGGCGGAAAGCGGUCAUGAAGCUGGCCCUGCUAUAAUGGAGUCCCUUUUAGCCUCUCCCCCCCUUAACCACCCCCUCCCUUAGCAUUUAAGCAGUUACUGUUGAUUGUCGACUAACACUAGAGCUAGAGUUUUAACCAUCCCAGCUAACGUUGCACGGAAAAGAGGAAAAAGACAAGCGGAUUUCAGGGGAAGGAGGAUACUCUACCACAAACGGCAUGCUACUGUUUUCUGUCCAACGAAGCUUAGUUGCUUAAGAUGCUUAAAGCGUAGAAAAAUGUUUACUCGUUUUCAGCAUUUUUGAAUGUACUCUCUUGUUCGAUGGACACAUUUUCCCUACACCGGGUGGCUUCUUUAUUAGGUUCUUGCAAAAGGAAGCCCGAACAUCUUUCUAUCUUCGUAAAGAUAAUUAAGCCUUACCCCUGAUCCAGUUAUAUAUGUUAGAAAAGUUAACGGAAUGUUUCGUGUUUUGAAGUGAAACCCCAUUCAUGUGUGGGUCCUUUUUUUUGUUAGCAAUAACGUUUAUAAAAUUAAUAUACAUGUGAGAGUAAUGAGCCACUAAAGAUAGAUUAUCAUUAUGCUCAAAAAUCACGUAGGUGCAACUUCCCCGGAUUAAUGAUAAAGAUGAAAACUGUAUCCGCCGUGUAGGAUGUAAGGCAUAGACAAUUCAACAUUGGUGCAGAUUAUAUCUGCUUUCUGCGUUUCCUUUGUUAUUUGUUUUUGCUUCGAUCUUCUGCGGUGGUAGUUUGAAAUCUGUAUCGAAUUAACGUUACGAACUCUAACUAGUAAUUAGCUUAUAAGCACAAAUGUUGUCUCUGGCGACCCGUAGAUGAAUCUACAGCGCUAUUUUUAAAAUCAUAUAUCAAUAAAGGCAGUAAUGCCAC